UGAUCUUAGGUAUCAAGACAACCAAGAAUAUUGAUGGUUUCUAUAAAGAAGAAGAGCCGGCGACAGCCAGCACGGCUUAGAUAUGGUAUUGAAAAGAAAGUUUCAGCUUUUCGUAAAAAACAGAAAAAAGAGGCUAAAAAAAGGCCUAAAAAGAAGAGAAAAACAGAGGAAUAUCCUAUGAUUCCUAAUAGUUUUCCAUAUAAGGGCAAGAUUCUUGCGGAAAUUGAGGAAAAAAGCAAGUUUAAAGGAAAAAAUUCUCAAAAAAAAGAAUCUAUGGAGGAAAUAAUGUUUCCCCAUGUAAAUACCAUGGUAGAAGAUUCAGUAACAGGUGAAAACGAGUUUUCUGGAGUAGAAGAAGAUGAUACUUGUGAAAUUGAUGAAGAAAUUGGGUCAUGGUAUGGAUUUUCAGAAGAUGAAAGUGAUAAUCAAAGAAUGGGGUGUAUUAAAAGAGAGAAAUCUCUUAAGGCUUUUAGUAAAACAUUUAAAGAGGUAAUAGAGGCAUCUGAUGUUGUUUUAUACAUUUUGGAUGCACGUGAUCCUCAAGGAACUCGGUCACAACAGGUUGAAGAUCUAGUCUUACAAAAUCAUGAAAAAAAGCUUAUAUUUAUUCUUAAUAAGAUAGAUCUUAUACCAUAUGAUAAUCUUAUGGAAUGGUUAGCUUAUCUGCGAACAUCCUUUACAUGUCUGCCUUUUCGAGCAGUUUCAUCAUUUUCUUCUCAUUCUUUCAACAAUACAGUGUUAAAACCACAAUCAUUGGCUUUUGAUCUUAUUAAAUUUUUAAAAUCAUAUGCACAUAAGCAAAAUUUAAAAAGAUCAUUGUUUGUAGGAGUAGUUGGUUAUCCCAAUGUUGGGAAAUCAUCAAUUGUUAAUUUCCUUGUGUCAUGUUUGAAUAGUGGAAAUACGAAAAAACCAUGUAUUACAGGGUCAGAAGCAGGUAUCACUACAUCUAUUAAACAGGUUAAACUAGAUGAUAAGAUUAAACUUAUUGAUUCUCCGGGUAUUGUAUAUCCUUUAAAAAGUGAUGAACAGAAGAAAACAUACAAUACAAAGGCAAAAGAUCAGGCAAGACUUAUUCUUAUCAACGCUAUUCCUCCAUCAAAUAUUACUGAUCCUAUUUAUUGUGUUUCACAAAUUCUUUGCAAACUUCAUUCUAAUUCUAAUUUAUAUGAGAAACUUGAAAAAUUCUACCAAUUGCCGCCUAUUGUUUCUAUAAAUAAUGAUAUUACGACUGAUUUUCUUGUUCAUGUUGCUAAAAAAAGAGGUCGUUUGAAGAAAGGUGGAAUUCCUGAUCUUGAAUCAGCAGCUAAAGCUGUCAUUAAUGAUUGGUGCUCUGGAAAAAUACAAUGGUGGACUAAUGCUCCUACAAAGAAAAAAAACAAUAUAACAACAAAUAAUGGUUCUUCUUCCAUAAUAGAAGAUGAUCCAAUUCUUGUUACAGAAUGGGCAAAAGAAUUUGAUUUGGACACAAAAGAAACACCAAUGGAGAUCAAUAAUGAAUAAACAGCAAUAACAUUUUUACAUAAAAAAACGCAAUAAAUACAUAAUU